CCGAGCGACGCUGAACUAUGCGGCCCCCAGGCGCGCCCCUCGUCGGCACCAUAAGCCUUCUGCUCCUGCUGCAGCUCGGAGUUUCUCCCGCCCUAGCUGUUGGGAACCAAACCAGCUUAGGGAAGACAGACUUGCCUGCGCUGACCCCGCAGAGGCGCGGCUGGGAAGUUUGGGGGUCGGGAGACGUGUUGCAGAAAGUGUUGUCCAGCAGCCCCAGAGGAGCAGCUGUAGCUAAAGCACAAGAAGAGAAGGAGGAGGAAAAAGAAGGAAAUACAUUAACGGCGCCUUUCGGGGACCUGACUGGGGCUCACAGGACUUCUCAGGUGCCCCCAGAGAGGCGGCCUGGCAUCUGGCUACUUCCUCUCAGAGCAGCGGUGAUUGAACUACCGGUUGCCCUUAGAUUUUCCUUGGAGACGGGUAAAGAGAAAGGUGGAAAGGAUAUCGAUCUAGGAGGCAGCCAGGAGCGGAAUGCCAGGACCCACUCUGGAGCCCCGGAGCCCUUCUCCAGGUGGAGGAGAGCGGGGAAAGCCCGCGGUGACCCCCUGACCAGUCCCCCCAUCUUGGAGAACGCAGCCAGUGUGGAUAGAAAAGCGCAGGAGGAGACAGUGGCAACCUCCGGGAAGGCAUUGCCUUUAAAUGGAUCUUCUGGAGAGGCACUCCAGGAGCGGAGCGGCCCCCGCGGGGGAAACGGCACGAACCGGCGCCCCAAGCUCAAGAACCCCUUCUAUCCGCUGACUCGAGAGUCCUACGGAGCUUACGCCGUCAUGUGUCUGUCAGUGGUGAUCUUCGGCACUGGCAUAAUCGGCAACCUGGCUGUGAUGUGCAUCGUGUGCCACAACUACUACAUGCGGAGCAUCUCCAACUCCCUCCUGGCCAACCUGGCCUUCUGGGAUUUCCUCAUCAUCUUUUUCUGCCUGCCGCUGGUCAUCUUCCAUGAGCUCACCAAGAAAUGGCUUCUAGAGGAUUUCUCCUGCAAGAUCGUGCCCUAUCUCGAGGUUGCUGCACUGGGAGUCACUACAUUCACCUUAUGUGCUCUGUGUAUAGACCGCUUCCGGGCUGCCACUAAUGUUCAGAUGUACUACGAAAUGAUUGAAAAUUGUAGUUCCACAACCGCCAAGCUAGCUGUCAUCUGGGUUGGGGCUCUACUUUUAGCACUCCCAGAAGUCGUCUUGAGACAGCUCAGCAAAGAAGACUUGGGUUUUAGUGACAGAGUUCCAGCAGAACGGUGUGUCAUCAAGAUUUCACCUGAGCUCCCAGACACGAUCUAUGUCUUAGCUCUCACUUACGAUAGUGCAAGACUCUGGUGGUACUUUGGCUGCUAUUUUUGCUUGCCCACACUUUUCACCAUCACCUGUUCCCUUGUGACUGCGAGGAAAAUCCGCAAAGCUGAGAAGGCUUGCACCAGAGGGAACAAGAGACAGAUUCAGCUUGAAAGCCAGAUGAACUGCACCGUAGUCGCCUUGACCAUUUUGUAUGGAUUUUGCAUCAUUCCUGAGAACAUCUGCAACAUCGUCACAGCCUACAUGGCUACUGGGGUCUCAGAGCAGACAAUGGACCUUCUCCAUCUCAUUAGUCAAUUUCUUUUGUUUUUUAAGUCUUGUGUCACUCCUGUCCUCCUUUUCUGCCUUUGCAAACCUUUCAGUCGGGCCUUUAUGGAAUGCUGCUGCUGCUGCUGUGAUGAAUGCAUUCAGAAGUCUUCAACAGUGACCAGUGAUGACAAUGAUAAUGAAUACACCACAGAACUAGAGCUCUCCCCUUUUAGUACCAUACGGCGUGAAAUGUCUACUUUUGCAUCUGUUGGGACCCACUGCUAAGUGACUUCUUUUUUUAAUUUUAUGAAAAUUUUUACUUCCUUUUUCCUUACUGGAACAAAAA